AUGUUUGAUUGUCACUUAAAUGUUGAGGUAUGCUCAACUAUCAAAGCAGUGAAGUAUCUGUACAAGUACUUUUACAAAGGGCAUGAUCGAAUCUCAUACAAGAUAUCUGACAUGACUGAUAAUAAGCUCGAUGAAAUUGAACAAUUUCAAUCUGGCAGGUGGGUAUCCCCAUGUGAAGCAGCAUGGCGAAUUUUUGGGUUUGAUCUUUAUGAUAUCUAUCCUCCUGUCUUGCCAUUGCCUGUACAUUUACCGUACAUGCAAUCCAUUGCUGUAAGACCACAUGAAAAUCUUAACCGGGUAGUGAGAGACCCAAAGCGUUCACGGACUCCAUUAACAGAGUACUUUACAAUGAAUGCUAAGAUUAAUGGUGGCACCAAACUUUUAUAUGGUGAAUUCCCAGAGCACUACAAAUGGGAUGCAUGUAAAAAGGAGUGGAUUCAGAGACAAAAACAGCUCAUUGUUGUCGGGCGAAUGGCAUUUAUUCUACCUGCUGAAGGUGAACGUUAUUUCCUCCGACUUUUAUUGCUAAAUGUCAGAAAUGCAAGAUCUUUUUUACACUUACGCACGGUUGAUAAUUAUGUCUGUGCUACAUUCCAAGAAACUGCCCAACGACUUGGUCUUUUAGAAGAUGAUGAUGCUGCAUCUAUAUGCUUAGCCGAAGCUUCAGAAGUGCAAUUACCAGAUGCUUUGAGACGACUUUUUGCAACAGUUCUAAUUUUUUGUCAACCAAGUGAUCCAUGUGCUUUAUGGGAUAAGUAUUACACAGCAUUGUCAGAAGAUUUCAGCCAUAAAUUUAAGGGUUGUACUGAUAAAAUCAAGCAGCUGACUGUUAGUUUGUUAGAACAACAUCUUGAAUCAAUGGGUAAAUCACUGAAAAGUUAUGCGCUAGAUCAUCUAAGCUGUACUGUUACUGAUGAAUUCAGAAAAACAAGGGAUAUAGCAGAUGCUCUGAAUGCAGCUAUUCCUCAAGAAUUCAUAAAUGCAAAAGAACGUUUGAAUACAGCUCAAUUCCAAGCAUUUGAGUCCAUAAUAAAACACAUACAUGAAGGAAGAGGAGGUUCCUUUUUUAUUGAUGGACCAGGUGGUACAGGGAAGACCUUUUUAUACAAUUGUUUAUAUGCAGAAGUUCGUAUGAUGAAUAAAAUUGUACUCCCAACUGCAACAUCUGGAAUAGCAGCAUCAAAUCUUCCUUCAGGGAGAACAGCUCAUUCAAGAUUUAAAAUACCAGUUGACCAUGAGAACUGUUUGACAUGUGAUGUGCCAAAACAAGGUAGUUUAGCACAUUUAAUAAAAGAGACGGCUUUGAUUAUUUGGGAUGAAGCUCCUAUGGCCAACAAGGCAAAUUUACAAGCCCUUGAUUUGCUGCUCCAGGAUAUCUAUGAAAAUACAACACUUUUCGGUGGCAAGCUUGUUGUUCUUAGCGGAGAUUUUAGACAAAUUCUUCCAAUUGUACCUCAUAAGUCACAAAGACAGGCUGUUGAAGCAAGCAUAGUGACUUCAUAUAUCUGGACAGCUCUGACCAGAUUUCAACUAAUAGAAAAUCAGCGAGCUAAUGAAGAUCCUGCAUUCUGCUAUUCUUGUUAUCUCUUGGCAAUGGUGAAUUACAAAAAGAAUGAGUUAGUAGAUUUAAGGGCGGAUGUUAUUACUUUGAAGCUGUCUCUUGAUCUCAAUAUUGAGAUGAUUGAAGUUAGUUAUUGA